CCAGUGAGACACCUAAUGAACAUGUUGUCCCUGUGGCGUUAUCCGCCUCAGCCUGAGCUCAUAGACUCAAUCUCUGACCUGCCUUCACCCAAGUACUAUCAGCUUCAUCCAUAUUUCAUUUGGAAGCCAGAGCACGCGAUCAUGGAGAGGGUGAGAAACAACUUUGUCUUGCCCUGACUCUAUGGUUGUCCGAACCCUCAGGUAGUUUCUUCUGGCAUUGGAAGGCCAAGAGUCAUCCUUGGGACAAGUGGCCAGUACUAUAUUUUAGCUUCGCGACUCACCUGCAAGGUCUGCAAAAAGUACUGGCAUGCUGACAAGCCCCAGUGGCUGGAGAAGCUACCCCAGCGCAUCAGCAACAUCGUGCCGGCCUUCGUGACGCACAAAAAGGCCGUCUGCAAAUCUGUACUGGAUGAGAUGAGGCGCAGCGGCAGAUCCCCAGAGGACAUGUCCAAGCAGCUGACGGAGGCGCUCAAUCUCAAAUAUGAGAGAGCUCACCUGGCCUACUUGCUGUGUGUGCAGAAUGUCAGGGAUGCUGAGGCAGGAGUCUACGGCCAAAGGACCAUCACUGGGUUCCUCAGACAGGAAGAUACUCCGGCUCCAUUUGGUGGAUACUCGGAUGGUGAUGGCUGGUGUGGAGUUUCUGUCUCUUCCCACUACCUGGUGGAGUGCCUGGUCCAUGAGUAUCAGCGGCAGGAGGAGCUCCUUACUCUGCUGCUUCAGGGGACCUUUGGACAGGCCCUGAGGUCUGAUCACACUCGCAGAGUGGCUAGGAAGGUUGUGCUGUCGUCUGGCACUAUGUCUUCCUAUGCCAUCAUGAAUGAGAACUGGAUGAUCCUGAGCUGGGUGAUGCUGCAGUCAGAGUGUGAUAGGUCCCUUAACCCGUUGUAUGAGGGUCUGUCUCAACGCUACACUGUGGCUGGAGUGGAGAAGGCACGCUACCAGUGGGUGGACAGGGACUGCUGCGCUGCCUUCAAGGUCCUUCAACCUGGGGCUCAGGAGCACUUGUGGGACAGCUGGAGGACCACAGAUGCUAUCCUGGCAGAGGCCACCUCUGGAAAUCUCAAGAACAUUUGCGCAUCAAGGAACAAGUUUAACAAAGACAUUAUUGUCAAGUUGGACUUGUUUCAUUGUAUGCGGCGGUUUACCAUGGAGUGUGUCUCCGAGCAUCAUUCUUUGUACAGCUCCUUCUGCCAGUUCCUCUCAGUAGGGUUCGUUGUGGUGGACCACAGCGAUCUCCAGAAGCUGAAGGAGGCGUACACGUUCUGCAGAAUUUCUCCUGCUAACCCCACAAAGCAGCACAUAAGAGAGCACUGCAGGACAAAGGUGCCACAGCCAAUGGAACUGCUGCAAAGAGUGGAAGACGUCCUCCAUCACUAUUACAUGGCAAAGGAUGCCAAUGAUUUGCUCCUUUUCAAAGACUCAAUGUUAAAGCUGUGGAGGAUCCAGCGCAUCCACAUCCUCCGAGGCUGCCUGAGCGACCCCGAAGUGGGAGAGGGAAUCCUCUACAGGUAUGGUGGCACCCUGCAGCUGAAUUACAACAAGGGUGAGGGAGCUGCCGUGCCUGUGUGGAUCCCUGUGAGAGGCACCUCUCAGCAGGAGGGUUUCCACGGACACCAAGCCCAAUGGGUGACAGGCAACCGGGUGUCCUGUGAACUAUUCCAGGCCCAAGCUAUGACUGGAGUUGUGCGCUGGAACUACCAGAGGCUGGUGGACCUGAAACAGCCAGAUGUGGAGCUGCCAGCCGUGUUUGACCCCCGGUUGAUUUCAGAGCUUAACACCAUCUCUGUAAAAGUGACAGGAAGGUCCAAAUACCCAGCACUGCAGCUCUCCAACAGGGACACGGGGGAGAGAUUUGGACUGCAGUACGUGGAGCCAGGCUGUCGUCCUGUUGUUUUGAACUGGGACAAGAACAGGGCACAGCCAAACAACCCAGCGGCACCUCACGCGCCGCCUAUGCCUGCCCCUACUGUUAUAGUGGGCACAGACUCUCAGGAAUCCUGUGCUGAUCCAGUUGGGGCAGUGCCAAUUCUGUCUUCCAGUUCCCGGCAGUCCUCUGAUGUUGUGACCAAGUCCCUGCUGCCUUUGACACAAGCCUCUGCCACACAAAAACCAGAGCCUUUGAUAGAUACAGACUUGACAGGGGUAGCACCGCUGCCUCAGUCCUCCUCUCCUCGAGCCACCCGCACUGGACCAAUUAAAACUGGUGGCCUCAUUCAAGUCUUGGACCAUGGUCGGUGGACAGAACCCAUGAAAGCUGCCAUCGACGAGCUUCUGGUAAACCACCGUGGUGCCAAAGAUGUCCUGAAGCGGGUGGAUGCGGACUACGCUGCCAUGGUCCAGAGGGGAUGCACAGACCGGAACAGCCUCCUUCACCUGACCACAGUCCAACAUAUCUCACGAUAUGUGGAACAUCUGGCACAAUUAAAAAACACCAGCCCUUCCCUCAACACAUCCCCAGAAAAGGUCUUAGAGACACAGCAGCUGUGGCAUAGUUUGACCUCAGGUAGCCAAACUAUCAGUGUGCCUGUCAUAACUCUGCCACCUGCCAUAUGCAACCCUCCAGCUGUGGCUCCCAGACAGGAGGACUCACUGAGCAGGGCUUCAGUGGAGAAGAUUGUGUCAGACGUCCUGGCAAAACAACAGCAGCAGCAGCAGCAUCAGCAGCAGCAGCAACAACAGCCUCAGAAAAAGACGCAGAUGAGAAACUGUUUAGCCUGCGGUCAGCCUAAAUCCAGAUAUCUUGGGGAUGGCUCUUCAGUUCAUUUUUUUUACCAGUCAAAAACGGUAAAAUACUUUUACUGCUCCACCAAGGUCUUUCAGACCUAUGCUAAAGAUGGCCUCAAAGACACCAGGAUGUCUUUUGAGAACUUUGCUGCAACUCCGUUUUUUGAGCGAGAGCUGGAGGCUGCCAGACAAAGGGGGGCAGAGUGGAGAAAGGUUGCAGAGGAGAGAGGGAAGAGGAAGGCAGCUGUGCAGCUGCCAACAGGCCGUCUCUGCAGGUUUUGUCACCAACCCCUGAAGCAGGGUCCCAACAAG